CUUGGUCUCGGGUGAACCGGGUGACUGGUCUCCCGCAUGGGGCCGUUACCGCGCGGGCACCUGCUCGACUUAGCCCGUGUCUCACCGUUUGGGAGAGCCCAUGGUGACUGCAUGAGUGGAGACCAGCUGUGUGGGUGCCCGAGCAUGGAUGACUACAUAGUCCUGAGAGUGAUUGGGGAGGGCUCCUUCGGCAGAGCCCUUUUGGUUCAGCAGGAAAGCAGUAAUCGGAUGUUUGCCAUGAAAGAAAUAAGGCUUCCCAAGUCUUUCUCUGCUACACAGAAUUCUAGGAAAGAGGCUAUUCUGUUAGCCAAAAUGAAACACCCCAAUAUUGUUGCCUUUAAAGAAUCAUUUGAAGCUGACGGACAUCUAUAUAUUGUGAUGGAAUACUGUGAUGAAGGGGAUCUAAUGCAAAAGAUUAAACAGCAAAAAGGAAAGUUGUUUCCUGAGGAUAUGAUACUUACUUGGUUUACACAAAUGUGCCUUGGAGUUAAUCACAUUCACAAGAAACGUGUGCUACACAGAGAUAUCAAGUCAAAGAAUAUCUUCCUCACCCAAAAUGGAAAAGUAAAAUUGGGAGAUUUUGGAUCUGCCCGUCUUCUCUCCAAUCCCAUGGCAUUUGCUUGUACAUAUGUGGGAACACCUUAUUAUGUGCCUCCAGAAAUUUGGGAAAACCUGCCUUAUAAUAAUAAAAGUGACAUCUGGUCCUUGGGAUGCAUUCUGUAUGAACUCUGUGCCCUUAAGCAUCCAUUUCAGGCAAAUAGUUGGAAGAAUCUUAUCCUCAAAAUUUGUCAGGGGUCCAUCAGCCCACUGCCAUCUCAUUAUUCCUAUGAACUUCAGUGUCUAAUCAAGCAGAUGUUCAAAAGGAAUCCCUCACAUCGCCCUUCAGCUACGACGCUCCUCUCUAGAGGCUGCUUAGCUCGGCUUGUGCAGAAGUGCCUACCCCCUGAGAUCAUCACAGAAUAUGGUGAACAAAUAUUAGAAGAAAUCAAAAAAUCUAAGCAUAAUACACCAAGAAAAAAGGACCCCAGCAGAAUCAGGGUAGCUUUGAGCAAUGAAGCAAGCAUGGUGCAAGAGGAAGAACAAGGUCAAAAGAGUAGCCACACUGAUUUAGAAAGUAUUAAUAAAAAUUUGGUUGAAAGUGCAUUGAGAACAGUAAACAGAGAAGAAAAAGGUAAUAAAUCAGUCCAUCCAAAGAAAGCCAGUUCACCAAGUCCUCACAGGCAACAGUGGGAGAAAAAUGUGCCCAGUACAGCUCUUUCAGUUUUGGAAAAUGCAUCCAUACUCACUUCCAGUUUAACAGCAGAGGAUGAUAGAGGUGGUUCUGUAAUAAAGUACAGAGAAAGUAAUACCCGUAAGCAGUGGCUCAAAGAGACCCCUGACACCCUGUUGGACAUCCUUAACAACGCUGACCUCAGCCUGGCGUUUCAAACAUACACAAUAUGUAGACCAGGUUCAGAAAGGUUCUUGAAAGGUCCCCUGUCUGAAGAAACAGAAGCAUCAGACAAUGUCGAUGGAGGUCAAGAUUCUGUCCUUUUGGAUCCAGAGAGACUUGAACCUGGGCUGGAAGAGGAGGACACGGACUUUGAGGAAGAAGAUGACAACCCCGAUUGGGUGUCAGAACUGAGGAAGCGAGCUGGGUGGCAAGGCACGCGUGAUGGAUGAGGCCCGAGGAAACGUUCCUGAGUCCCAUUGAGGAGAUGUUUCAAAUGAGGAAUUCCUGUCAGAACAGUAAUUAGUGUGCAGAUAUGUAUUUUCCUUUGGAAACAGAAUGAAGAGGAGGAAACAAUAUUUAAAGUUGCUCCUGAUUAGUAUCACAGAGUUUAAAAAAUCUAGAACUCCUGUGGGUUUUUGAACUCAAGGGAGAAGAUAUAACAGAAUGGGUAUGAGCUUUGGGCUUUGUAGUCCAGUAGGACAGACAUGGAUGCUAGCUCUACUAGUAACUGCUUGUGUGGUUGUGGGAAAUUACUUAACCUCUUUGAGCCCCCAGUUUCCUCAACUAUAAAAUGAGGAUAAUGAUUCCUACC